CCGGGUCAUCACUGUAUAUAAGUCACGGUGAUGCAACAAACAAAACGUUCAGCUGACGCCGGCUACAGUGCGAAGACGUUUGACCACUUAAGGAAGAAGGAUGGCGACGAUGCAGUUGCUGACGACGCUGGUGGCUGUUGCACUGGUUCCAUCUGUUGCUAACGGGAUUUGUCUGCCCUACGUGGAACUUGCGACUAACACAACUUACAGCUACCAGUCCCUCCACGAACAGGGCGUAGAUUUGGCUCCUGGCGCCACGACAUUCAAGUUCAAGGUCCGCGCGUCAAACGAUGCUCACCUGGCCCUGCUACGGGAUGAUGGAGUAACCGAUCAGAACAUAUACGAGGUGGUGAUUGGCGGAUGGGGCAACACCCAAUCAGUUAUCAGAACAGGCAUGCAGCACGCCAACAGAGUAACAGUUCGCCACACACCUUUGAGUGCAACCCAGUUCCGUGAUUUCUGGAUUUCUUGGGAGAAUGGUGUGAUCUCUGUUGGGGCGGGGACGGAGGUCGGAGUUGGGAGGUUCAUGUCGUGGAGAGACCCUUCCCCUCACGCCGUCAGGUUCAUCGCUGUGUCUACUGGAUGGGGAUCAACGGGUCAGUGGCAGUUUGCCCCGUCUUCUGAUGUCUCACUUGCGACGAACACAGUUUACCGAUACCAGUCGCUUCAUAAUCUGGGUGUGGAUUUGGCGCCUGGAGCCACGUCAUUCACGUUCAAGGUCCGCGCGUCAAACGAUGCUCACCUGGCCCUGCUACGGGAUGAUGGAGUAACCGAUCAGAACAUAUACGAGGUGGUGAUUGGCGGAUGGGGCAACACCCAAUCAGUCAUCAGAACAGGCAUGCAGCACGCCAACAGAGUAACAGUUCGCCACACACCUUUGAGUGCAACCCAGUUCCGUGAUUUCUGGAUUUCUUGGGAGAAUGGUGUGAUCUCUGUUGGGGCGGGGACGGAGGUCGGAGUUGGGAGGUUCAUGUCGUGGAGAGACCCCUCCCCUCACGCCGUCAGGUUCAUCGCUGUGUCUACUGGAUGGGGGUCAACGGGACUGUGGCAGUUUGAGCGCAUCCUUCCACUGGUUUGUUUGGAAACGGCCAACGACUACCACUACCACUCCGUCCAUGACCGUGGAUUUCACCUCAAUGGACGAACAUCCUUCACCUUUUGGGUGAAGACUACCAAUGACGCUCACAUUGCGUUACUACGCAACAAAGGCGACUACGACCAAAACAUGUACGAAAUCGUCAUCGGAGGCUGGGGAAACACCCAGUCUGUCAUCAGAGACAGGAAGCAAGGGAGAAACCUUGCGCUUGCGCGUCACGUUCCACUAUCAGGGAACAAGCACCUGCCCUUCUGGAUCAGCUUCAGCGAUGGUACAAUCGCCGUUGGUGCUGGCACAGAGGUCGGGAGACGUCAGUUCAUGUCUUGGAGAGACCCAUCUCCAACACUGAUCAGAUAUGUGGGCGUGGCAACGGGUUGGGGGUCCACGGGAAAAUGGCUUUUUUAACCAGCCGAUCCACAAGAUGAACAAAACCAUUGCAACUGUUGUAAAGAUGGGGAAACAAGUACCUGGCUCCCUGUUGAUGGACGAGAACAGCACAGCAGUUGAAGAUCCUAUUCCAAUGCAUGGACAUGAAUAAUGAACCUUUAAUAAUAUAAAGGACAAUACUUUUCUUUGCUCAUUCUACCUUAGAAGUUUUCGAAACAUUCAUAUUUCACCUGAUAUAGAAAUCCAAUAAUUGUAACCAUUCAGGACAAUUAUUGUACUCGGUUACUUUUUAUUGUUGUUAUCUACAAUGCAUAACCCAUAUAAGAUGUUUUGUUCUGAAAUAAAGUGACUGCAAUAUGAA